AUGAUAGACGGACAUGUGUUCCCCGGUCCUUGUCUCCCUUUUGGAGUAGUUAAAGUAGGAUUCGAUGCUGAAGGUGAACCAAAAUAUGGUGUGAUAAGUCAAUUUCCGGUGGUGGAUCUGCCAGAUAAAAAAAUUAGAAUAUAUGACUACUCCUCAACAAGAUCGUUUGAACAUUUCGAAGUUGGUUACUCAAAAUUUGGAUUAAAACGUUAUAAUAUCAUGGUUGAAUUAACCGCAAGUCGUAGAGUUGGUCUUCAUCGUUAUACUUUCCCACCAUCUGAAAAUAAUGCUAAAGUUAUCCUUGAUUUGUCUCAUAUUCUUUCUUUCGGUCGAUACAGAGGUGGUUGGAAUAGCAAUGGUCCUUAUAAAGUUUACUUUUGUUCACAAUUUAAUGUCAAUGCUACCGAGCAGGCAACUUGGUGGAACAACAGAAUAGAUAUAAAUACGACAUUUUGCGUUGGAACUAAUGGUGAUAAAAUUGGUGCAAUUCUAACUUUUGAUACUAUCAAAAAUCCCGUAAUUAUUUCAAGAGUUGGAAUUUCAUUUAUUUCUGCAGAUCAGGCUUGUAAUAAUGCUGAAAGUGAGAUACCUGAUUGGGAUUUUGAUGUUGUAAAACAAAAUGCUGUUGAUGCUUGGGAUAAUGAAUUAGGUAAAAUUAGGGUUGAAAGUGAUGAUGAAAAUCUUAAAAAAAUAUUUUAUAGUGAUAUUGCUAGAUCAUUAAUUGACAUUUAUGAGAAAGUAGGUUAUAUGCCUGAUGGAAGAAGUGGUUCAUCAAAUGGAAUUACACAAGGUGGAUCUAAUGCUGAUAUGGCCGAAACAUACUUAAAACAAAUUGAUGUAAAUGAUAAAAUAGACUGGAACAUAGCAUACGAAGCCCUGCUUAAAGAUGCAGAAGUAGAUCCAUGGGAAGAAGGUUUGUUCCAAGGUCGAUUACACUUAACCGAUUAUAAAAAAUAUGGAUAUAUUCCUUCACCUUAUGAUCGCAAUCUCGGAUAUAUUGACACUCCAUGUAGUAGAACUUUAGAGUAUAGUGCUAAUGAUUAUAGUAUUAGUCUUGUUGCUAAAGGUAUCUUAAAUGAUUAUAUAAAAUAUAAAAAUCGAGCGACUAGUUGGGAAAAUCUUUGGCAUCCAAAUGUAACUUAUGAUGAAUGGGCAUAUGGCGAUAAUUUGGUAGAGGAUUUUUAUUCGUUUUAUGAAAGCACCUCAUGGGAUUAUAGUUUAGAUGUACCUUUCGAUCGACUUGAUAAAACAUUUGCAGAUAAAUCAUUUUCAGGAGGUUAUUAUAAUAUAGGAAAUGAACCUAGUUUUUUUCAUACAUGUUUAUAUCAUUUUAUUGGAAAACAAUAUAAAAGUGUGGACGUGAUUAGAACUAUUAUGAAAACUAAAUUUGGUGUUGAACAGGAUGGAAUUCCAGCUUAUAAUCUGACGGACAACAAUAUAUAUAUUCAAAAUGUUAAAAUCAAUAAUAAAGAAUGGGAAAAAACCUGGUUUAGGCAUAAAGAUAUUUCUGGAGGCGCAAUAAUGGAAAUACAAAUGGGAUCUGAACCAAGUAAAAUUUGGAGUGUUAUCAGUGAGGAUGAAGAUAAUAAAGUGAUAGAAGAUAGGGUGGUUCCUCCUAGCAUGAGUGAUUAUAUGGAUAAAUAA